AAGAAGCUCUCUCUGUUGGCGGCCCUUAAUAGAUCCCUCCGCGUCACCUUACGUUGCUCGUUUAGCCAUGGCGCAGGCCAUAAUUCUCGUCAUCGAAGCUCACUGGUAACCGUGGCGGUCGAUGACAUCCAUCAUUCUUGGCCGGAUCGAAAUGCUGAACAUGGGACGCCGUUUUCGUCCCAGGAGAUUGAAGGAUUUGGUAUGCUUGAGGGUAGGGUUGGGGUGUUUCGUGCAUUAUCGCAGGCAGCUGAUGAGGAAAACCCUACGUCAAAGUAUCAGAAACAAGACAACCCUACAACGGAAGACCCUCUUGUUACCUUUCCUGAACUUCUUGUGAAAGCAUCGAAACUUUACCUUGCCUCCGCUCUUGCGGAACCGGAAGAUGGUUCCAACCCUUCCACUUCUCAUCCAGCUGCUUAUAACAGCUUGAUGAAAGCCUUCAGUCGGGUAGGCAAGGUAGACGAAGUUCUUAGACUCUUCCGUCGGAUGAAGGAAAGUCGGUGUUAUCCCAACGUUCUCUGUUUCAACACCCUGCUUAAUUGCCUCGCCUGGGCGAAACGCUUUGAUGCGCUUCAGGGAGUUUUGGAGGAAAUGUACUCUUCCGGUGUAAUUCCUAACGUCUCCACCUUUAACAUCUUGGUCAAGGCGUAUUCCUGCUGUUCCCCACGGUUUAAUUUAGCUUUUCGUGUCCUAGAUGAGAUGUCUGCUGUGGGUUGCAAUCCGGAUGUGACAACUUACUCGACCUUGAUCACUGGUCUUUCUAGGGCAGGAAGAAUUGCAGAUAUAGAAGCUGUAAUAGAGAUGAUGAGAGAUCAGAAUUGUGAACCGAAUGUUUAUAUAUUUGUUCCUAUUUUGAAAGCUCACUGUGACAGGGGAGAUGUCAGAGCUGCAGAAACACUGAUCGAGUUGAUGCGUUUGAACAAUUACCUUCCAAAUUCUCUGGUUUACAAUAUAUGGAUUGAUACACUUUGCAAGAAUGGGCGCUUUGAUGAGGUUGAGUUGAUCUUCAAGGAAAGCUCAUCGAAAGGUUGGAAGCCUAGCACUAUCAGUUACAACACGUACAUGAAUGCACUUUAUAAAGUGGGCAAGGCUGACAAAGCUUACAGAAUAUUAGAAAUUAUGAUGAGCAGUGGAUUAUAUCCCACUGUUGUGACCAUGAAUAUACUUCUUGAUUCCCUCUGCCAUGCUUCAAAGAUUUAUGAGGCGAAGAAUCUUCUGGCCUUGAGUUUUCACUUUGGUUGGGUCAGUGUGGUAAGUUACAACAUUUUGAUGAAUAAUUUAUGUAAGAUCGGCCAAUGGCUUAGUGUUAUGAUGCUAUUAGCUGACAUGUUGAAGAAGGGAGUCGUGCCUAAUACUAGAACGUACAAUAUUCUCAUUCAUGGCCUUUGUGAAGCUAAAAUGCUCAAGGAAGCUGAAUAUUUGGUUGUGAACAAAGUUUUCACUGCUAAUGUUGUGACAUAUAACACAUUAUUAAGUGGGUAUUGCAAGGCAGGUAAUAUAUCUGAAGUGGAAAAUUUGUAUUAUAGGAUGACAAUAAUGGAGAAGAUUGAUUCGGAUAUUUUCACAUACACCAUUAUGAUUGAGAUGCACUGUAAAAAAGGGAAAAUUAAGGAUGCUGUAGAUAUUUUUGAUGAGGCUCAUCGUAAGGGUUUCUUGCCUGAUCUUGUUGCAUACUCCACUCUAAUUGAUGGGUGUCUUAGGAAAGGUAUGCUCGAUAAGGGGCUGCAGCUGUUGGAUAGAAUGCUAGAGCAGGGAUUAGUUCCAGACAUUGCCAUUCAGGAAUCAUUUGUCAGGACAUGUUGUACAUCACAUGUUUGGAUUUCUAUGGAGAAAAUACUUGGGAGGAGAUAGCUGCAUCUCUAAUUGUUGAAGACAUGGAAUGAAGGCUCCUUAUAAUUCCUAGUGUUAGCACAGGACAGGUAAUCGAUCAUUAUGUUUGGUUAGAUGAUCUUCACAUCACUUCGUAGCAUAAUUUGUACAAGUUUAUUCUAACAGAGUUGGAAGAAAAGGUUCUGCAUUUCCAACUCAAUAAUGCUGACAUUCUCC